AUGAUGAAGCCUUUUGGUAAGCUGGGAAAGGAUUUGUUAAUUAAAAAGCACCCGCUAUUGGUUAAAACUAAAAGGCAACAAGUACCAUCCAAAUCUAAACUAGUUCCCACAUCCUCUGGAGCCAUUGGAUUUCACGAGAGAAAAAGAUUGUGUUUCUUCCUUUUGGAGUUUAGAGUCAUGGUUUUUCUUGGUCUUGGAUCUUCUAUUAGUGUGAUAUCUCAUAUGGGUCCAACCUUUCUCUCAAAUGGUAUGAUAUUGUCAAUUGUUUCAGGAACAGGUUCAAAAGAAGUUAUCUGUUUGGGAAAGCCUUUCCAAGAGGUUCUUUCUGUGGAAAUUCCAGUUCAAACUGGGCAAAUCUCCUUUGGCAUUUUGGAGUCUUCCAUCGACUUCUUAGCCCCUGGAUUUCAAUGUUUCUGCUUGCUUGAGAAGUUGAUGGAUGCUCAAAUUGCUGAUUUGGACUGGGAGACUUCUAGUGACAGCAGUAGCAGUGAGGAUCAAGAGGAUGUUGAUUUUCAAUAUGGUGGACAAGCUCGGAGCAUAUUAUCAAGUUUAGAGGAAAGCAUUGGGAAGAUUGAUGAUUUUCUCUCAUUUGAGAGGGCAUUUGUCCAUGGGGAUGUGGUCUAUGCCUCCUCAGACCCAUCCGGACAGAUGGGGAGGAUCACAAAUGUUGAUGUGUUAGUGGACUUAGAAAGUGUUCAAGGAAAGAAAUUAAAAAAUGUGAACUCCAAGAAACUUAUGAAGAUUCGCUCAAUUUCAGAAGGUGAUUAUGUAGUUAAGGGGCCAUGGAUUGGUCAGGUUCAAAGGGUAGUAGACAGAGUGAUUAUAUUGUUUGACGAUGGAACUAAAUGCGAGGUCAUUACCUUGGAAAAAGAUAAGCUUUUACCACUGACUCAUAAUUUUCUUGAAGAUUCACAGUAUCCCUACUAUCCAGGGCAGAGAGUCAAGGUUAAGACCUCCACAGCUUCUAAACCAGCUAGAUGGCUGAGUAGAACCUGGAAAGACAAUUAUGGUGAAGGAACUGUUUGUGCUGUGGAAGCAGGCUUGGUGUAUGUUAAUUGGCUUGCCUCUGUUCUUUUGGGUUUCAAUUUGAAUGCGAAUGUUCCUCUAUGCUGGCAAGAUUCAAAAAACUUGACCUUGUUGUCCUGUUUUUCACAUACAAACUGGCAACUUGGUGACUGGUGCAUGCUCCCAGCUGUGGAUCAAAAGGAGCUGAUGAUUCGAGAUGCAUCUCCUCAUAAUGAGCAUAGCAUGGGCAGAGGAUAUAAGAGGACAAAUCUUAACAUUGGGCAAUUAUUUAUAAUUGAGAAGAUAAAGACCGAAGUUGAUAUUGUUUGGCAAAAUGGUGAACAUACUUUGGGAUUAGAUCCACUCAACUUAAUCCCAGUGAAUGUCAUAAACAGUCAUGAAUUUUGGCCCCAGCAGUUUGUGCUGGAAAAAGGUGCUUCUGAUGAUCCUCCCAUGCCUAGCAAUCAAAGAUGGGGUGUAGUUCUUUCUGUUGAUGCAAAAGAGCAUACUGUAAAGGUGCAAUGGAGAACUGCUCCUACAUCUGAGACAAAUGGUUUGACUGGAGAUGCAAUGAUGGAAACUGUGAGUGCCUACGAACUACUUGAGCAUCCAGAUUAUUCUUGUUGUUUUGGUGAUAUUGUGUUCAAGGCGGCUCAAAAACAGCUUGGUGACCAAGCUGACAAAGAUAAUGUGAAGUCGGUGACUGAUGUGAAUGUAGAGGCUCCUCUGAUAGAUAAUAGUUACCUCUCCUGCAUUGGCAAUGUUACCGGUUUCAUAGAUGGUGAUGUGGAGGUAAAAUGGGCUACUGGUUUAACAACAAAGGUUGCACCUUAUGAAAUUUUUCGAAUUGAUAAGCAUGAAGGUUCAACUGCAACCCCUGUUCUUUAUGAAGCAAAUGUUGAGGAGUUCUCUCAAGAGAUGACUGAACAUAAAAGUCUAUCAGACCAGAAGGGAAAGAGCUUGUUAGAUUGUAAUGGUGAUAGAGAUAAUUGUGAAAAGCAUCCAGGAGAGAGUAGUUCCUCAUCCAUUCCUCAAGCUGCCUUUGAACUUUUCUCCAGCAUUAAGGCCAGGAUAUUCAAAACACUUGGUGUAGCACUUUCCGGAAAAUUCUCCCCAAUCCCUAGGUUUAAAGAGGGAAAUGAAUCUAACUUUCUUGAUAAGAAAGAUUUGGACACUUGUGGCCUUGACACUAAAUCACAUCUGGUGAGCAAGCCGCAGUCUUCUGAAGGCAUGACUCCAUAUUGUGAAGUUAUCAGGACUCAUGAGAGGAAUGACUUUCCAGUUUCUUUAGACAACAAUAGUUCAGAUCAGUUGAAGCAGUUUGAUGUAAUUGAUAACUGCUCAGACCACCACUUUUUUUAUGAGGGGAAAGGAUUGUCAUUAUCUCUGGGUAAAAAGGUUUGGGUGAAGAAGGUACAACAAGAAUGGAGCAUCCUGGAAAAAAAUCUCCCAGAAACUAUUUAUGUCCGUGUCUUUGAAGAAAGAAUGGAUCUCAUGCGAGCAGCCAUUGUUGGUGUGUCUGGGACACCAUAUCAUGAUGGAUUGUUUUUCUUUGAUAUACAUUUCCCUCCAGAGUAUCCCAGCGAACCCCCGAUGGUGCAUUACAAUUCUGGUGGACUACGAUUAAAUCCUAAUUUGUAUGAGACGGGAAAAGUCUGUUUGAGUCUCCUAAAUACAUGGACCGGUACAGCUGCCGAAGUUUGGAACCCUGGAGUUUCAACAAUUCUUCAAGUCCUUCUUUCUCUGCAGGCCCUUGUCCUUAAUGAGAAGCCUUAUUUCAAUGAGGCUGGAUAUGAUCAACAAAUUGGUAGAGCUGAAGGGGAGAGAAACUCAGUGAGUUACAAUGAGAAUGCUUUCCUUGUCACCUGCAAAUCCAUUCUGUAUCUAUUAAGAAAGCCUCCCAAGCAUUUUGAGGCAUUGGUGGAGGAGCAUUUCAAACAACGUUCCAAACAUAUACUUCUGGCUUGUAAGGCAUAUCUUGAAGGAGCUCCUAUUGGAUGUGCUUUUGGUGGUGAAAAAACUCAGAAUGAAAACUACAAGGGAACUUCUACUGGAUUUAAGAUGAUGUUUGGUAAGCUCUUCCCCAAGCUUGUAGAGGCUUUUUCUGACAAGGGAAUUGAUUGCAGCCAGUUCGCUGAGAUGCAAAAGUAA